AGGAAGAAAUGUAAGUUAGGAAAAAGGGACCUAAACUAAACACGCCACCACUUGACCAGCCCACUAGACCAAAAGCAUCAGCAGCAGAUAGAUAUCGUUUGCAUAACGAAACCAAACCACCACGCUGCUCUUCUCACCGGGUCAAACUCUAUAAUUCAUCAUCAACUAACGCCCUUGGCUGGAUGGCGCCAGUAAAAAGAGAGAUUUCAGACGAAUCUCCUCCCAAUAAGCGAUCUAAGCAGCAGAAUGAUGUUGGAGCAGGUUGUAUUCCUGUCUCACAAAUGCAUAUCAAUCCGUUAGAUGAGCCGAGUCCAUUAGGGUUACGGCUGAGGAAGACCCCGUCUCUCUUGGAUUUGAUUCAAAUGAGGCUCUCUGAAGCGAAUAACUCUUCCAAGGCAGGAGUGCAUCCCGUCAAAGAGCAUAAAAGUACGGUGGCUACUGCUGCUACCGACAAGCUAAAAGCUUCAAACUUUCCUGCAUCAUUGCUUAAGAUAGGGACAUGGGAGUAUACGUCUAAACAUGAAGGGGACCUGGUUGCAAAAUGUUACUUUGCAAAACAUAAGCUUGUGUGGGAAGUUCUUGACGGUGGCCUCAAGAACAAGAUUGAAAUACAGUGGUCUGAUAUAAUGGCUUUGAAGGCAACUUACCCAGAUGAUGGCCCUGGAACUCUAGAUAUAGUGCUAACUAGGCAGCCUCUGUUCUUUCGAGAGACGAAUCCACAGCCUAGAAAGCACACUUUAUGGCAGGCAACGUCGGACUUUACAGGUGGGCAGGCUAGCCUACACAGACGUCAUUGUCUGCAGUGUCCGCAAGGCUUAUUAGGCAAGCAUUAUGAAAAGCUCAUUCAGUGUGACCCUCGUCUCAAUUAUCUUUGUCAGCAACCCGAGGUAGUGUUGGAAUCCCCAUAUUUUGAGUCGAGAAGAUCAGUGUUUGAUGAACCAAAUGAAUCCAUUGAGCAUAACUUAAGUAGUGAGGGACCUACUACUCUUGACUUACGUGGAACAUCAUCAGGAGCUCAAUCUUCUUCGUCUAGAAGUGAGUUUCUCGAUCCUGCUGGUAGAACUACAGAGUUCCUUCGUGAAACACCUUCACCCAGCUCAGUGAUGGAUACAUCUGCAAGUGAAGAAAUAAGAGGAUCUGAGAUGAAAGAACCGCAAGGCCUCGCCUGUUGGGAUCAAGUGCAAGUUCCAGGGCUACACUCAUCUAUGUCGGUGAGUGAUUUGGUAAAUCACAUUGAAAGCAGAAUCACAAAACACAGGACACCUGGUGAUGACCAUCCUCUUUCUCACGAAGAACAAGAAAGUUUACUCAUUCUUGAAGAUAUUAGCCGAUGUUUGUUCAAUGAUGCCCAGUAUGGGCUGUCGACUUCUGAUGAAAAAUCCAUAAUGUCAAGAGUUGAUUCUCUUUGUUGUCUGUUACAGAAGGACCCCACGACAGUUCAGGAUUUAAAAGGUGAAAGUGAAAUUGAUGGUGGCAAUGGAAAACUAAUUGCAGAAAAGGGUUCGGACGAAUCAGUUAGUGGAAGCAAGGUUCUAGAUGAUCCUUCCAUACAUGAACAUGAAGCCGAUGAAAAUAAUAAGACAUCAGGUAUUCCUAGGAAUGACUCUGUUGGAGAGUUGCUACUGAAUCUACCUCGUAUAGCAUCUCUACCCCGGUUCUUCUUCAACCUAGAUGAUUUUGGCAAUCAAACUAGAUAGUUCUAUCACACCUAUUCUUCUCAUGGCUUGGUGCAAACACUACAACUGAUAUCCUUCCAUGGCUUCUGUAAAGUAUUGGACAUAAAAAUAUCGAGUUGGAUUUAGAGUGAAAAGAAUAUGCACAUGUAGUAUGUGGUGUAAGCUUAUGAUCAUGUAAAUAACUAUCGUCCUUUUGAGGGUUUGAAGGCUUCUAGGCUUUAUGCUGGUUA